AUGGGCCGGGCCCGGCCGAGCGAACGCCGGCCGCGCAGCCCGGCCCCGCCGCCGCUCGCGCCGCCCGCGCCCCCGCGCCGCCGCGCCCGCGCCCUGACGCUGCUCGGGGCCCUGCUGGCCGCCGCCGUCGCCGCCGCCGCCUCCCGGGCCUGCGCCCGCAUCGCCGAGACCCAGGCGGCCGCGCGGCAGGAAUCCGCACUGAAGGCUCUGGGGACAGAUGGCCUCUUUCUCUUUUCCUCGCUGGACACUGACCAGGAUAUGUACAUCAGUCCUGAGGAGUUCAAACCCAUUGCUGAGAAACUGACAGGGUCGACUACUGCGGCCAGCUAUGAGGACGAAGAGCUGCCCCCUGACCCCAGUGAGGAGACACUCACCAUAGAAGCCCGAUUCCAGCCUCUGCUUCCAGAGACCAUGACAAAGAGCAAAGAUGGGUUCCUAGGGGUCUCCCGCCUUGCCCUGUCUGGCCUCCGUAACUGGACAACUGCAGCCUCACCAAGUGCAGUGUUUGCCGCCCGCAACUUCCGGCCCUUCCUUCCCCCUCAAGGCCAGGAUCUGGGUGAACCCUGGUGGAUCAUCCCCAGUGAACUGAGUGUCUUCACUGGCUAUUUGUCCAACAACCGCUUCUACCCACCGCCACCCAAAGGCAAGGAGGUCAUCAUCCACCGUCUCCUGAGCAUGUUCCACCCACGGCCCUUCGUGAAGACCCGCUUUGCCCCUCAGGGUGCUGUGGCCUGCCUCACCGCCACCAGUGACUCCUACUACACCGUGGUGUUCCGGAUCCAUGCCGAGUUCCAGCUCAGUGAACCCCCCGACUUCCCCUUCUGGUUCUCCCCGGGCCAGUUCACCGGUCACAUCAUCCUCUCCAAAGAUGCCACCCACAUUCGUGACUUCCGGCUCUUCGUGCCCAAUCACAGGUCACUGAAUGUGGACAUGGAGUGGCUGUACGGGGCCAGUGAGAGCAGUGGCAUGGAGGUAGACAUCGGCUACAUACCCCAGAUGGAGCUGGAGGCCAUGGGCCCUUCAGUGCCCUCCGUGAUCCUGGAUGAGGAUGGCAACUGGAUCGAUAGCCGCCUGCCCUCGGGGGAGCCCCUCCAGUUUGUGUUUGAGGAGAUCAAGUGGCAGCAGGAGCUGAGCUGGGAGGAGGCCACCCGGCGCUUGGAGGUGGCCAUGUACCCCUUUAAGAAGGUCACCUACCUGCCAUUCACUGAGGCGUUCGACCGAGCCAAGGCCAAAAACAAGCUGGUGCACUCCAUCCUGCUGUGGGGGGCCCUGGAUGACCAGUCUUGCUGAGGUUCCGGGCGGACUCUCCGGGAGACCGUCCUGGAAAGUCCGCCCAUCCUCGCCCUCCUCAAUGAGAGUUUCAUCAGCACCUGGUCCCUGGUGAAGGAGCUGGAGGACCUGCAGAGCAACCAGGAGAACGCAUCCCACAGGCAGCUGGCCAGCCUGCACCUGGAGAAGUACAGCUUCCCUGUGGAGAUGAUCAUCUGCCUGCCCAACGGCACCGUGGUCCACCACAUCAAUGCCAACUACUUCCUGGAUAUCACCUCCCUGAAGCCUGAGGACAUCGACAACAAUGUCUUCAGCUUCUCAUCCACCUUUGAAGACCCGUCCACUGCCACCUACAUGCAGUUCCUAAAGGAGGGCCUCCGGCGUGGCCUACCCCUCCUCCAGCCUUAGUGCACCUGAGCCCUUGCAAAGUUGGGCUGUGUAGGGGCCUGGGGACGGACCUCUCAGGUCCCAGAGCCAGAGAGGUCCUUAGUUCAUUUCAGACUCCAGAUGCACCCUCCCUACCCCUCCUAGGCUGCCUGGGAUUUGGUGUCAACUGAGGUUGGCCACUAAGGCUUUGCCUCAGCAGUAGGGAGGAGAUGAACCCUGAGCUCAAACACUUCCAUCAGCUAUGCUCUAUCCACCUGGUUCUGGAAGCUGCUUGGGAACUCCCAAAACAGGGCCUGGGGUGACAUCUCUGGCCCUUACCUAUCACGUGGUCCAGACCCUCCUAAGUGGAGAACAGGAAGUAAUGGGUUAGAAAGAUAAGACCACCCCCUCCUUUCCUUGCUGCCUUUCACUCGCAAAGGAAACAUUGGGAGCGCCAGUGCAGGGGGCCAGGCUGCAAACUGUCUGCCUUGCCUUCCUUAUGGCCAUCCCUUCAGCUGCCUCCUGUGCGUGAUGCCCCCAGCUGGGGUCACUCUCAGCUAGAGACAGCCUUCUGGAGCCUAUGUGCAGUGCCUCCCAUAGCAGUGAAAGCCACACAGCAACCCUUCUCCCUAGACCACUUGGCAGACCUGACGACUAGACCAAGAGCCUUUUUGGGGACUUGGGGAAGAUCACUGUGAAAUAAGCUUCCGCCUUUAGGAGGGGAGCCCCCAAGAGGUUCCCACAGGGCCAAUGCAUUCUGGCUGCCUACUCUAGUACAGGCUGGAGCCAGCGCCCCUGUGACACCUCCUGUCCCUCAGACCAGACUCCAUAGAAACACAGCCCAGCCAUAGACCAUCCUCCCCCAGAGUCAGCACUGUCCUGGCCACCAGAGGCACCCAGACCAGUUAGCCACUCUUGGGGCCUUGGCCCAUAUUCUGAGCUGCUGACCAGUCUCUUUUUUUAUACAUGCAGAAAAGUGUUUUUAUGCGAACUUUCUCACAGUUUGUGGAUAUUUUUUUAUAACCCAAGUGCUGAAGAGAAAGAAGGAGCAAUGGCUUCUCCCAGCAGCAGCCCCAUGACAGCUAGAUCUGAAAUCCUAGAUGGGUCCAGCUUGAUGUCUUCGCAGUUGCACAAGGGAAGAAAUGCCUCUCUCUUCCUUCUCUUUGAGCUUUUUAAACGCAGUCCUCCACGGAUCAGUACACCCCAGUACUACCCCGCAACCAACAGCCCAGAAGGCACCCUUGACUUCCUUUCAUUAAGACUUGAAGUUAGCUCCUCUCUCUCUCUUUGUCCCCUCCCUCGUUCCAGCAGGGGCUCAAUCAGACCUGGCAGAGGAGGAAGGAAGGAAGGAAGGCAAAUUCUUCUUCAGACCCACUCCAACCUCAUCUGUGCUGAGGUCCCCUGCCAGCCAUGGAAUCCCCAUCCCAUGUUGAGCUCGCCUCACAGCCAGCUUCAGUCUCCAUUUUGUACCAAGUUUAACAAAAGCAGCUGGUUCCCAAGAGCCUCUGUCCUUGGGGCUCUUUGCCAUCAUGACCAGUAUUUUUUUACUUAACUAGCCCUCACGACAAACCCAGGUUAGAUAAUUGUUCCCGUUUUGCAUUGAAGAAACUUUUCUCAGGGAAGCAAUGUGACUUGCCUGGGGUCACUCAGAAUGCUAGAAUUGAGAUUCAAACCCACCUGUGAGGCCAAAAGCUGUCUAGAUUCAGGGAUAUUUGGUUUGGUACUCCCCCCUGCCUAUCUUCCCCGAUGUGGAAAGGAAAGCUUUUCGAGUCAUUGGUGUCUGAUCCCUGGACCAAACAGGGCACAAGCCAAUGUGCUCUGCCAGGUUCUCUGUCCAGGGAGGCAGUUUCCUCCCCUACAGUGAGGAAGGGUGUCUAAGCCUCUCUCAGUGCAUUACCAUCUUGUCAGGAUUGAGUGGCAGCAGCUGGUCCCCUGCACCCCGGGGCCUCAAGAGGCCUGGCCUUUGCACCCCAACAGGCUUUCCCCGUCCUGCUGCUCCAGGGGAGUGGACUCCACACCACAUGGAGCAGUCCUAGUCCUAUGUGAAGCACUGAGUGCUUGUGCUUUCUGUCUUCGUGUGAUGCCUUUGCCCUUCCCAGCUGGGAGGUCCCUAGCUGCCUUCUGUCACUUUCCUCAGACAUGUUCCAUAAUAAAAUUGGAGAGACUAGGGUGGCUCUCAGUUCUUUUCCUUUGAGCAAGAUGUUCAGUUCUGUCCUUCCAUGGUCUUGACUCCUUCCCCUGUUCGGAUAAGGUUGACAGAUGGGCAAGGGCAUUUGGCAGGGGACAUACCUGAGCUGGAAUGCCUUUGAAGAUUAUCCUGUCUGUCACCAGAGGGCCUGAGUGACUUGCCUAAAAUAAGUUUGUGACAGAACAAAUGGUAGAUAGAACAUACUAUUUUGAGAAUUCGAUGCUCUGUGUUGACAGCAAUCCUGAAGUUA